AUGAGGGCGCUGCCCCUUUGCUGGGGGCCUCUGGCUGUGAGGGCGGCGGGUGGGUGGUGGGGGCCGCCCGUUCUCCGCCGCGCCUGCGGCGGCUCCGCUGAGGCCGGUGAACGUAAACCUCUUCAGGAGUGGGCGUUUACGGUCAGCCCGCGGGGGCGGCUGCAGGUACGGCUGCCGUGCCAAGUGAGCAUCCGCCCGCUGGACCCGCAGCGCUACACGGGCGCAGACCGCGUGCUGGUAGCCGUCACUGGCGCCGGCGGCAGUCCCCCGCCCCGCGGCCGGCAGCUGGACCGCGUCCGGGUGGAGUACGACGAGGCACUGGAGCAGGUAGCGAUCGUUGCGGACGGCGUGGACAGCAAGACUGCCGUGGACGUCAGGACGCCUGUGAAGUUCGAUUUGGAUAUCAAAACAUCAGGGAAUGGCUGCGUGAAGAUACAGAAAAUAGAAUGUGGUAACUGCAAAAUAGAAACAGAGAAGGGGACUAGUGUCUUGCAGUCAAUAAAGAGCCAUAAAAUUGAUAUAAGAACAGAUGGUGGCAAAGUAAUUGGCCUUGGAACACUUUAUGGAAAUGCAGAUAUCUGUGCAACAGAGAAGGGUAGUGUGAAUAUAGAGAAGCUGCAGGGGACAUCUAUCAACAUAUCUACUGAAUAUGGGCUGCUGAAAACUAAGUACCUCUAUGCAGAAUCAUCAUCUCUGUCUUCAGAAGCUGGUGAUAUUCUACUGGGAAGCAUUCACGGUAACACCAGCCUUCAGACCAAAACAGGGAAUAUCACAGUAGAUUCAUCAGAUGGAAAUCUCAAAGCUUCUACACAUCAUGGGACAAUAGAUGUUUAUGUCAGUCAGUUAAGAGAAGUGGAUCUGAAAUCCCAGAAAGGUUCAAUUACAGUCAAGGUGCCUGCGUCUCUCAAAGCCUACUUACAGUUGUCUGGUAGAAAAGUGGAUGUGAGCUCAGAGAUCCAGUUAGAAGAAACACAGAGUGCCUCCAAAGAGGACCAUGUAACUCUAAGUGGUCACAUGAACCAAAGGAGUGGAACAGACAAAUGGAUUAAGGCUGACACACAAAAUGGCAAAGUAUGUCUUAAAAGCCAAAGCUGGAUCCAGUCUGUCAAGCUGAAGAGUUCUUGAGCUGAUGUAUUUGCUUAAUAGAAGGGAGAAAAGAUUCAUGAGGGUGUCUGAAGCCAGGAUUUGCCCCUGGCAGAGGCUGGUGCUUACCAGGUUUGUUUUAACUUUAGUGCCUUUUAGGAACAGCAAGAUCUUAGAU